GCGAGGACUUGACAUGAUAGAUGGCCAGAGCACUUGCCCUGCGUGGCCUCGUACCCAGUACCAGUAUUCAGCACUAAUCACUAGGCAACGACGGUGCUCAUCGGAAUGGUUGCCGGCAUGUACCAUGAUUUACCACUGCAAUGUGUCCGAGACAUAAGUUCGUUGGCCUGUGUCAAUUUUGUUCCUCUUAAAGCAAUGAAUGUGAUUUAUCGUAAAGGAGGAUAUGAAUGGUUGGUAGUCCCAGCCUCAAAAUCCAAACUCGUACUAGCGAAUCGUGGUCGCAGGAUUUGUUGUUGGCUUGGACUUCAGGAGGCUUGCAUAGUGGCCGCCUGGACGUGUUGGAUCGACCGGAUGUUUCGCCUCGCUUGCACGUGCUCGUCCAGACGAGCGUGCGAUCCAUGGAUGCGAGACUGAAGGAUCCCGUGACGCGUGACGGCUGUUUUGAUAGGAGUUGUAUGCGCAGGUGGGAUUGGAUCGAGAUAAGGGUCCCCAUAUCAUAUCUCGAUCCUUAUAGCACACACACACGCCUGACACGCUGACACGCAGCAGCGUUGGUAGCGUGCGGGAUGUCUGCCAGUGCAUUGCGCUGUAGAUGAAAGUGGGUCGGCCCGCGGGUCGGAUGUGGCGGUCACUUCAGGCGGCAGGGUGGCGCCAAACGCGGGCAGUGUGUCUCACAUGCAACCCCCUCACCGACCUCGUCGACCUCAUUUUUCACCCAGCGCUUGCCGCUGCCUAUCAGGCUAUCUGCCCCCAAAUUAAUCCUGCCUUUUUAUCCCAAACGUGGUUUUGAGUUCAUGGUCUGACCAGCAGCCCAAUUCGUAUCGGUUUCUUUGUCUGGAUGAACGCACAAAACCGCCAACAUGGCAUCGCGAUAUAACGACGACACCAACGACAGGAGCAGGUCGCCGUCACCGCCCUUUCAAGACACCCCGACGACGUUGUUGUCUCAAUCACAGCACUUCCUGCCGCCAACACCAGGGCGGAAGGUGACAUGUCCCCACAGCCAGCUCCUACACAGGAAGCCUAGGAGAUGGCCGCUCGUGCUCCGCUUCGUCAAGGGCGCAAUCCACAGGGACAUCGCCCUCGCAGUCUUCCUGCACGCGGUCUACACGACCGUGAUCGUGACGCUGCACGUGCGCCUGCAGCACAACUUUGGCCUCCCGUCGAGCGUGGUCUCGUCGCUGUCCAUCGUGGUGGGCCUGAUGCUCGUCUUCCGCAACCAGACGGCCUACCAGCGCUUCUGGGACGGCCGCAACAACUUCGCGACGGUCAUCACGUCGGUGCGGAACCUGAUGCGGUCGUUCCUCGCCUGCUCGGGGGGGCCGGGCGUCAACGGCGCGGGGACGCCGCAGCAGAUGUCGCUGGCCGAGAGGGCGGACGUCGAGCGCACCGCGCGCGUCCUCAUGGCCGUCCCCGACAGCAUCAAGAACACCCUGCGCGCCGAGUGGGGCGCCCUGGGCGCGGCGGCGGACCAGGGCGGGCAGGGCCUGCUGCCGCGGGGCAUGAGGGGCCACGAGGACGAGGGGCUGACCAUGCCCGUGCAGCUGGCGUUCCUCGUCGAGGCCUUCAUCGCCCGGGGCCACGCGAGGGGGUGGUUCCACGCGCCCCAGGCGUCGCAGCUGACGGUGCAGCUCAACACCCUGGUCGAUGCCUUUGGGCGCAUGGAGACCAUCCGGCUCACCCAGUUCCCCGUGGCCAUCCUGAUCCACCAGCGGCAGGUCCUGGCCCUGUUCGGGUGCGUGCUGCCGUUUGCCGUGGUUGACGAGAGCCACUGGUGGGCGGUGCUGAUUGUUGCGCUCAUCAUGUUUACCUUGUACGGCAUUGAGGCGAUUGCCUGCCAGCUCGAGGACCCCUUUGGGUAUGACCGUAAUGACAUCAAGAUGGAUGUCAUUGUCGAGGACGUGCGCGUCGAGCUGGGGGUGAUGCUGAACGAGUGGAGGAUGAUGGUCGCCGGGCCGGUCAGGAAGUCAAUGUUCCUGGGCGAUAUUGAGAUGUGACCUUGUUGAUUCCCCUCGGAUCUUCGGAUAUGGCGCCAUGCCCAUGCAUUGCCUUUUGAGAUACCCGGUGCACCUUGUUCUAAAGUUUCCCAUGGGCCAUAUAGACCGACCGACAUUUGCCUUUUGCGGGGGAUAUGCCCACACCGACAGAAUCGUGAUCAUACACCCACCAUACCCAGCUGAUCCCGUCGAUCUCGUUCGGGGUGGACCGAUCAGGACACAGAGUGAGAGCCAAAGAGCGUACCAAGGUUCACGUUGAGAAGGCCAGGAUUUCCCCAACAAGAAGGGCAAUAGAUCAACACCAGUCAGCUGUUCGGGCUUACGCGAACGCGGGGAGCACAGUCAGGACAGCAAUGACAGGACAGUAAUGAUAGGUCACUGCUCACGGCCUGCCGGACUUGACACCAGCACGACACGCACGAUAAUGGCCGCAGCUUUUGACACGACCACGAGAUUAGAGUAAGCCGGCACCGCAGCGAGCUAGCAUGCCCGGCUGUAUGACGCAGGACGGACGGCGGGCCAACCGCCUGCUAGGGAAGCUCGGUCGUCCGUUUUACGUUUUGGCUACACUUUGCAGUACACUAACUAGACUAGACGCCCCAAAAAUAAUACAUCAUGGCCCGCAA